UAUGCCAGAUAUGCUGCUAAUGUAUAUUUUUCAAUAUUUCCGUGCUUCGGACUUGAUAGUAGUUAGCCAAACUUGUAAAAAAUUUAUGCGCUUAUCCGAAGAUCGUAUACUUGUAAGAAAAUGUGACUUCUCCGAUUCGUUUUAUUCAAAAGAAAACGAUAUAUGCGAUUACGUAAAAGUAAGAGGUUGCUACAUAACCGUACUCAAUCUGAACAAUUGCUUCUGGAUACGCGAGAAAACUGCCAGCGCCAUCGUAAAGAAGUGCCCCAACGUCGUCGAACUCCACAUGCUGCAGUGCAAACUGUCGCUGAACACGGUGGCUGCAGCUGUGCGGCGCGGCAAACUGCGCAAGCUGUCCUGGAGCUACCAGCUGAUGGCGCGCGGUCACAUGAAAAGAGCCGACCAGCUCGCCGUGAAGCCGUGCUCGUGGGCGGGCCUCGCAAGCCUGCGUGCGCUCACCAUCGACGUGUGCGAACCGAUGCUGCAGAAGCAGCAGCAGUUCAUCUCCAGCUUCCUUGAGCGCUGCAGGAACCUAGAGACGCUUGCCAUCUACAUGUCUAAGCUCGCGCAGCUGCCCGGCAGCGACAAGUUCUGCGAGAGUCGGCUCGACAUCGCCACCUGCUGGCUCUACAACUUCCUCUUCAGUGACCUUGACAUCCUGCGCAAGCUGCCGACCAUGCGCUCGCUGAGCCUGCCCAUCUGCGUCAACUCGAUGCACCACGACAUCAGUGUGACGGUCGACAAGCUGCGGGCGGUGCCGGCGAGCCUCGAGACUCUGCUCGCGCCCGUCACGCUCGCGCGCGGCCAGGAGCUCGAGCCGGGGGUGGACAAGCUCGCGCGCAUGCGCCACGUUGUGCUCAAAGUCAAGUCGCUGCCGCAGCUCGUCGGGGAGCAACAGUGGGAGUACGUGAACGCGUACAGCGCAGACACGAAUGCCGACCUCUCGCAGGGUCUCGACGCGUUCCUCGGCGCCGCGCCGCGCCUCCGCCAGCUGAAGCUACAGAACUACGCACCGCUGACGUCGCUCGAUUUCCUCGACCGCUGCCGCGACCUGACGCACCUCAGCCUCAGCAACACGCACGUGCACAGCGAUACGAACGCGUGCGCGGCCAUCGCGCUCUGCCCGCGCCUCCGCCACCUCGCGCUGCCCGUCUGCGCGCUCGUGACGACGCGCGACGAGCGGCUGACCGCGCGCGUCAAGCGUCCGGCGGCCGGCGGCGGAGGCGCGCGGAAGCGGCGCGUCGGCAUGCGCACGCGGCCGCCAGCAGACGCCGACGACACGUCAAACCUGCGCACGGUCGUCGACGGCUGCCCGGACGUGUGUGAGUUUGAGCUGAUCGCGCCGGGCUGCUCGGACCGCUUCACGAGCCACGAGAUCAUCGACCAGACGGCUUGCAAGUUCAUCCGCUACGUCGGCGACGACGACAUCGCCGCGAUCGGCCGCUGGACGCGCCUCGAGCGGCUCACGCUCGUGCGGCUGAAGGGCCUCACGCACGGCAGCAGCCUCGUGGACAUCGCUCACCGCUGCACGCGCCUCCGCAGCCUCACGCUCGUCUACGUCGGCGGCGAUAACGGCAACGCGCGCUGCGAGCUGGCGCUGCGGGAGGCGCUCACGCACCUGCCGCGCCUGCGCGACCUGCGGCUCGAGCAGCCGCGCGUCGCCUUCAACCCGCAGUUCCUGAGCGCGCUCGCGCGAUGCACGUGCCUCAGGCGUCUCGCCGUCGUCUCGCUCGCGGGCUCGCUCGAUGGCGCCUCGCUCGCGACCGUGCUCGACGCCGCACCGCUGCUCACCUACCUGCAGGUGUCGGCCAACGUGAGCGUGGCGGAGGCGCGCGGGGUCCAGCGCGACCUCAUGAAGCGCUACCUGUGCGGCCGGCGGCCGUCGCUCGUCGUCAGCAUCUCACCGUGCCCGCGCGCCGGCAGCGAUGCCGUCUUCGAAUUCGCGCUCCCGUUCAAGCACUUCUCGGAGAUGUCAUGCUGGAAGUCGCGCAUCUGCGGCGAGCCCGAUAAUGAAGCGUAA